AUGACUGACCUCUUGAGAAGUGUUGUCACAGUCAUUGAUGUUUUCUACAAAUACACCAAGCAAGAUGGGGAAUGUGGCACACUGAGCAAAGAUGAACUAAAGGAACUUCUGGAGAAAGAGUUUCGUCCAAUUCUGAAGAACCCAGAUGAUCCAGAUACAGUGGAUGUUAUCAUGCACAUACUAGAUCGAGAUCAUGACCGAAGACUGGACUUUACUGAGUUUCUUCUGAUGGUAUUCAAGUUGGCUAUGGCCUGCAACAAGGUUCUCAGCAAAGAAUACUGCAAAGCUUCAGGGUCAAAGAAGCAUAGGCGUGGUCAUCGACACCAAAAGGAAGAAAGUGAAACAGAAGAGGAAGAAGAUACAAGGGGACAGAAAUCAGGUUACAGACAUUCAAGUUGGAGUGAGGGAGAGGAGCAUGGUUAUGGUUCUGAGGGCUUAAGGGAAAGUAUGAAACAUAGACAUGGGUCAAACUCCAGGAGGCGGGGAAGGCAAGGUGGAUUAUCUAGCUCAGGAAACCAAGAGCAAUCUGAGAAAAGACACCAUGGGUCUAGCUCGGGUCACUCAUGGAGUAGUGGCAAAGAAAGACAUGGUUCCAGCUCUGGAGAGCUGGGGGAAAGAAGAAACAAGUCACAUAUUAGCCCCUCCAGGGAAUCUGAGAAGGAAUAUGAAUCUGGAUCUGGAUCAAAGAGUAGGAGAAGGAAAGGUCAUGGUGGUCUGUCACAUGGAUUGGAUGCUAGUGGAGAUGAAUCAAACUCUACUCAGUCAAGAAAUAGUGGAGGACAAAAGCUUGGAUCUAGCUCUAGAGGUUCAGGAGACAAUGGAAGGCAAAGCUAUGCAUGUGGUUCCAGCAAUUCAGGUGGGUGUAGAAGGCCACAGAAUGCUUCUACUUCUUGUCAGGAAGGUAGAUUUGGAGGGCAAGGAAAUCAAUCUAGCUGUACCCAGUCAGGAUAUCAAUCAGGAAGUAGUGGAGGACUAGGUCCUGGAUGUAUUUCAGGAGGUCAGUCCUCUGGAUAUGGUCAACAUGAGCCUAGAUCCUGUAGCCAGUCUUCUAGUCAGAGAGAAUAUGGAUCUAGUGCAUGUGGUCAAACACAGAACUGUGGAAGACAACAGAGUACAGGUUCAAGUCAAUCCUCUUGCUGUGAACAAUACGGGGCUGUAACAAGUCAGUCUUCUAGUUAUGGUCAAUAUGGAUCUGGUUCUUGUGGACACUUUUCAAACUCUCAGCAAAAAGGGUCUAGUUCAAAUGAAUUUGCUAAAUGUGGACAAUGUGCGUUUGGCUCUGGGCAGUCCUCUGGCUUUGGCCAACAUGGAGCAAGCUCAGGACAGGCCUCUGGCUUUGGCCAGCAUGGGUCUGGCUCAGGACAGUCCUCUGGCUUUGGACAGCGGGGAUCUGGCUCAGGAGAGUCCUCUAGCUUUGGCCAACGUGGGUCAAGCUCAGGACAAGCCUCUGACUUUGGCCAGCAUGGGUCUGGCUCAGGACAGUCCUCUGGCUUUGGACAACAUGGACACAGCUCAGGUCAGUCCUGUAGCUUUGGACAACAGGGAUCUGGCACAGGUCAGUCCUCUGGUUUUGGUCAACAUGGGUCUGGCUCAGGACAGUCCUCUGGUUUUGAUCAGCAUGGGCUUGCCUCAGGACAGUCCUCUGGUUUUGGACAAUAUGGGUCUAGCCCAGAGCAAUCCUCUGCCUCAGGACAGUCCUCCAGCUUUGGAGAGCAUGGGUCUGGCCCAGGAGAGUCCUUGGGGUUUGGACAACAUGGGUCUGGUGAAUAUCAAUCUUCUAGCUCUGGACAAAAUAGAUAUGGCUCAGGUCAAUCCUCCAGCCUUGGAUAUGGAUCUAGCAAACAUCAGUCCCAUAUCUUUGGGACUGGAUCAGGUCCUUCUUUGGGCUUUGGACAUGAGUCUAGAUCACGUCAGUCUAGCUAUGGCCAACACGGUUCCAGCUCAGAGCAAUCCUCCAGUAUUGGCUCUGGGUCUUCCUCAGGCAGGCCCUCCAAACAUAGUCAAUAUGGAUCUAACUCAAGACAGUCUUCUGGUUAUGAUCAAUAUGAGUUAACCUCAAGUCACUCCUCUGGCUAUGACAAACAUGACUCUAGAAUAGGGGAAAAAGAAAGCUAUGGGACUAGUUCAGGAAAAGGGUCUCCAAAUUGUGGAAGGCCAAUAUCAGAUUCAACUGAGACUCAAACAAGAGAAAAAACUAAAGGGAGACAGGGAAGAACCCAAGGACAGUCAGGAGAUAAAAGUAGACAGACCAAAUCUGGUCAUGGACAAGCCACCAGAACAGAAUCCAGUAGAACUACAAGAAGGCGAUCUAGUGUCAGUGACUCCAAUGACCCUGAAAGGCACUCAGGAGUCGUGCAGGCACACACAGGAUCCCCUUAUGGCCAGUCUGGAUCUCAACAAGGAGAGUCAGGAUCCACAGCUACAGGGAGACAGGGAACUCCUCAUGGACAGUCAGGAGACACCAGAUAUGCUGGUUCUUGGCAUGGAGAAGACACCAGGACAGAAUCCACUAGGACUGCAAGAAGGGAAUCCAGUGUCAGUAAGUCUAGUGACACCAAAAAGCACUCAGGAGUCCCACAGACACAUGCAGGAUCCUCUCGAGGCCAGUCUGGAUCUCAACAUGGACAGUCAGGAUCCACAGCUAAAGGGAGACAGGAAACUACUCAAGGACAGUCAGGAGACACCAGUAGAAAUGCCCAGUCUGGUCACGGACAAGCCACCAGGACAGAGCUCGGUAGGGCUACAAGAAGGGGAUCCAGUGUCAGUGAGUCCAGUGACACAGAAAGCCACUCAGGAGUCGCACAGACACAUGCAGGAUCCUCUCGAGGCCAGUCUGGAUCUCAACAUGGAGAGUCAGGGUCCACAGCUAAAGGGAGACAGGGAACUACUCAAGGACAAUCAGGAGACACCACUAGACAUACCCAGUCUGGGCAGGGACAAGCCACCAGGACAGAAUCCAGUAGGGCUACAAGAAGGGGAUCCAGUGUCAGUGAGUCCAGUGACACUGAAAGGCACUCAGUAGUCCCACAGACACACGCAGGAUCCUCUCGUGGCCAGUCUGGAUCUCAACAUGGACAGUCAGGAUCCACAGCUAAAGGGAGACAAGGAACUACCCAUGGACAGUCAGGAGACACUAGACAUAAUGGGUCUGGGCACGGAAAAGCCACCAGGACAGAAUCCAGGACAACUGCAAGAAGGGGAUCUAGUGUCAGUGAGUCCAGCGACACUGAAAGACACUCAGGAGUCCCACAGACACACGCAGGAUCCUCUCGAGGCCAGUCUGUAUCUCAACAUGGAGAGUCAGGAUCCACAGCUAAAGGGAGACAGGGAACAACUCAUGGACAGUCAGGAGAAACCACUAGACAUAUGCAGUCUGGGCAUGGACAAGCCACCAGGACAGAAUCCAGUAGGGCCACAAGAAGGGGAUCUGGUGUCAGUGAGUCCAGGGACACUGAAAGGCACUCAGGAGUCACACAGACACAAGCAGGAUCCUCUCGAGGCCAGUCUGGAUCUCAAUAUGGACAGCCAGGAUCCACGGCUAAAGGGAGACAAGGAACUACUCAUGGACAGUCAGGAGACACCAGACAUGCUGGGUCUGGGAAUGGAGAAGCCACCAGGACAGAAUCCAGGACAACUGCAAGAAGAGGAUCUAGUGUCAGUGAGUCCAGUGGCACUGAAAGACACUCAGGAGUCCCACAGACACACACAGGAUCCUCUCGAGGCCAGUCUGGAUCUCAACAUGGAGAGUCAGGAUCCACAGCUAAAGGGAGACAGGGAACUCCUCAUGGACAGUCAGGAGACACCAGACAUGCCUGGUCUGGGCAUGGAGAAGACACCAGGACAGAAUCCACUAAGACUGAAAGAAGGAGAUCCAGUGUCAGUGAGUCUAGUGACACCGAUAGGCACUCAGGAGUCCCACAGACACAUGCAGGAUCCUCUCGAGGCCACUCUGAAUCUCAACAUGGAGAGUCAGGAUCCACAGCUAAAGGGAGACAAGGAACUACUCAUGGACAGUCAGGAGACACCACUAGACAUACCCAGUCUGGGCAUGGACAAGCCACCAGGACAGAAUCCAGUAGGGCUACAAGAAGGGGAUCCGGUGUCAGUGAGUCCAGUGACACUGAAAGGCACUCAGGAGUCGCACAGACACACGCAGGAUCCUCUCGAGGCCAGUCUGGAUCUCAACAUGGACAGUCAGGAUCCACAGCUAAAGGGAGACAAGGAACUACGCAUGGACAGUCAAGAGACACCACACAUGCCCGGUCUGGUCAUGGACAAGCCAACAGGGCAGAGAUCAAUAAGGCUACCAGAAGAGGAUCCAGUGUCAGUGAGUCCAGUGACACUGAAAAGCACUCAGGAGUCGCACAGACACAUGCAGGAUCCUCUCGAGGCCAGUCUGGAUCUCAACAUGGAGAGUCAGGAUCCACAGCUAAAGGUAGACAAGGAACGACUCAUGGACAGUCAGGAGACACCAGACAUACUGGGUCUGGGCAUGGAGAGGCCACCAGGACAGAAUCCAGUAGAACUGCAAGAAGAGGAUCUAGUGUCAGUGAGUCCAGUGACACUGAAAGGCACUCAGGAGUCCCACAGACACACGCAGGAUCCUCACAUGGCCACUCUGGAUCUCAACAUGGAGAGUCAGGAUCCACUGCUAAAGGGAGACAGGGAACUCCUCAUGGACAGUCAGGAGACACCAGACAUGCCUGGCCAGGGCAUGGAGAAGACACCAGGACAGAAUCCGCUAGGACUGCAAGAAGGGGAUCCAGUGUCAGUGAGUCUAGUGACACCGAUAGGCACUCAGGAGUCCCACAGACACAUGCAGGAUCCUCUGGAGGCCAGUCUGGAUCUCAACAUGGAGAGUCAGGAUCCACAGCUAAAGGGAGACAAGGAACAACUCAUGGACAGUCAGGAGACACCAGACAUGCUGGGUCUGGGCAUGGACAGGCCACCAGGACAGAAUCCAGUAGAACUGCAAGAAGAGAAUCUAGUGUCAGUGAGUCUAGUGACACUGAAAGGCACUCAGGAGUCCCGCAGACACAUGCAGGAUCCUCACAUGGCCACUCUGGAUCUCAACAUGGAGAGUCAGGAUCCACAGCUAAAGAGAGACAGGGAACUACUCAUGGACAGUCAGGAGACACAAGACAUGCCUGGUCUGGGCAUGGAGAAGACACCAGGACAGAAUCCGCUAGGACUGCAAGAAGGGGAUCCAAUGUCAGUGAGUCUAGCGACACCGAUAGGCACUCAGGAGUCCCACAGACACAUGCAGGAUCCUCUCGAGGCCAGUCUGCAUCUCAACACGGACAGUCAGGAUCCACAGCUAAAGGGAGACAAGGAACUACCCAUGGACAGUCAGAAGACACCAGACAUAAUGGGUCUGGGGACAGAAAGGCCACCAGGACAGAAUCCAGUAGAACUGCAAGAAGACGAUCUCAUGUCAGUGAGUCCAGUGACACAGAAAGGCACUCAGGAGUUGCACAGACACACGCAGGAUCCUCUCGAGGCCAGUCUGGAUCUCAACAUGGAGAGCACUCAGGAGUCCCACAGACACACGCAGGAUCCUCACAUGGCCACUCUGGAUCUCAACAUGGAGAGUCUGGAUCCACAGCUAAAGGGAGACAGGGAACACCUCAAGGACAGUCAGGAGACACCACUAGACAUGCCCACACUGCUGUUGGACAAGCCACCAGGACAGAGUCCAGUAGGGCUACAAGAAGGGGAUCCAGUGUCAGUGAGUCCAGUGACACUGAAAGGCACCCAGGAGUUGCACAAACACACGCAGGAUCCUCUCGAGGCCAGUCUGGGUCUCAACAUGGAGAGUCUGGAUCCACAGUUAAAGGGAGACAGAGAACUACUCAUACACAGUCAGGAGACAACAGACAUGCUGGGUCUGGGCACGGACAGGCCACCAGGACAGAAUCCAGUAGAACUGCAAGAAGAGGAUCUAGUGUCAGUGCGUCCAGUGACACUGAAAGACACUCAGGAGUCCCACAGACACAUGCAGGAUCCUCUCAUGGCCACUCUGGAUCUCAACAUGGAGAGUCAGGAUCCACAGCUAAAGGGAGACAGGGAACUACUCAUGCACAGUCAGGAGACAACAGACAUACUGGGUCCGGGCACGGACAAGCCACCAGGACAGAAUCUAGUAGGGCUGCAAGAAGAGGAUCCAGUGUCAGUGAGUCCAGUGACACUGAAAGGCACUUUGGAUUCACACAGACACAUGCAGGAUCCUCUCGAGGCCAGACUGGAUCUCAACAUGGAGAGUCAGGAUCCACAGCUAAAGGGAGACAAGGAACUCCUCAUGGACAGUCAGGAGACACCACACAUGCCCGGUCUGGUCAGGGACAAGCCACCAGGACAGAGUCCAGUAGGGCUACAAGGAGGGGAUCCAGUGUCACCGAAUCUAGUGACCAUGAAAUGCAUUCUGGAUUCCCCCAGACACACGCAGCAUCCUCUCAUGGUCACUCUCGAUCUCAACAUGGAGAGUCAGGAUCCACAGCUAAAGGGAUACAGGGAACUACUCAUGCACAGUCAGGAGACACCAGUAAAGAUGCUCAGUCUGGGCAUGGACAAGUCACCAGGACAGAAUCCAGCUGGGCUGCAAGAAGGGGAUCUAGUGCCAGUGAGUCCAGUGACACUGAAAGGCACUCAGGAGUCACACAGACACACACAGGAUCCUCUCAUGGCCACUCUGGAUCUCAACAUGGAGAGUCUGGAUCCUCAGCUAACGGGAGACAGGGAACUACUCAUGGACAGUCAGGAGACACCGGGGGAAAAGCUGGGUCUGGGCAUGGACAUGCCACCAGGACAGAAUCCAAUAAGAAGACUGGGAGAAGGGGAUCUACUGUCAGUGUGGCCAAUGACAAUGAAAGGCACUCAGUUUUGAGCCAUGGGCAUUCCAGGUCUGUCCCCAAACACACUGGUAAUGAUACAACUGGAACAUAUAAAUCUAGGAAUGAACAGUCAGGAGAUAGUUCUAAACAUUCAGUCAUAGUUCAAGGGCGGACAUCAAUUCAUAAGCAACCAGUUUCUAGAAGUUCACAGAAUUUUGGAUCCUCCCAUGAGCAGACAGGAGACAAAUCUACAUACUCAGGCUCCGUUACAGGGCAGACCACAUUUUCCCAUGGGCAGUUAGGAACUGGCACAAUAGAGAGACAUGGGUCCAGCCAUACACAGUCACAUGAUACUCAUAGGCAGUCCAAGGAUAGCAUAAGGAAACAGUCACAUAGUAGUCAUCCCCAAUCUAGAAUAAGUAAUUUUCAGUCACAGAUUAGUGGAAGACAACGACAUGGAUCAGGUCAAGGAUGGAAACAUGGCAGUUAUGGAAGUGCAGAAUAUGACUAUGGGCAGUCUGGGUAUGGACCUUCUGGGGGCAGCAGAACAAGCAGCCGCAAUUCUAGCCCUUUGCGGUCAUUAGAUAGAGCUGCAAACAAUCAAGUGUCUACACAUGGACAAUCAGUUUCUAGGUUUGACCAUACAGGAUCAAAAGUAACUGAAAUAGUAGGAAGACAAAGCUCAAGUCAUGGACAGUCAAUUGAGUCCCAUAAUAAGUCUGGAUCCAAUGUAACUAGAAGGCAGGGAUCUAUUCAUGGGCAUUCAGUAGUAAGCCAUGAACCAUCAAGUGACACCCAUGUUCCAUAUGGAAGGCAGGGAUCUACUACUCAUAGGCAGCCAAGCAACCAUUCUGUAUCCAGCCAUGGACAGUCCAUAUCAGCUCACAGCCAUUCAGCAUUUAGUUCAACUCUAAAGCAUGGAUCCCAUAGUGAUAAUAAAGAGCAUUCAGAAGAUUGGGGGAAACAGAUUCAUGAACCAUCAGGAUCUAGGCAUGGACAAUCAGAAUUCAACACUAUAGGUAUACAUGGAUCCAGCCAGCAGCAUUUGGGAGAUACAUCUUCUCAUGAGCAGGUAAGAUCGAGUACAAGUUUAGUAAGACAGGGAUCAAGUAAUAGACAAUCAGGAGACAUCCAGGGUCAAUCUGGAUUCAGCACCAAUGAAAGACGAGUAUAUAGCCAUGGACAAUCAAGUGACAGCUAUGGGCAGUCAAUUGACAGCAGAAGCAGAAGUCAAGGAUUCAUUUCCAGUCACUCUCAUGAUAGCCAAGACCCUAAAGGAACUGAAGAAUAUGGGUAUAGAUAUUUAUCAAGCAGUACAAUCAUGUGGAGUGGGGAAAGGCAAAAGCAAGGGCCUGAAUCAAGUUUGUUAGGAAGCAUCAGAAUAUAUAGUCAGGAUGUGGACGAUAAGCAGGCAAGAAACAUGGAAGCCAGAGGUUGCCAUAAAAGGGAGAGAACAGACUCAGGUUCCUUUUACUUAGAUAGCAACACUCCACUCUAUGAAUAUGCCCAAGAACAAAGGUGUUAUUACUUUGAAUAA